AGUGUCUACGUACUCUGUGGUUAACAUCAAUCCAAAAAAUUGGUUCAAGAACCUGAGUAUUGUUUCGUUCGCGAGUUUUUUGUGGUUGAAUUGUUUAGUUUAAUAAUUAUAAAAGCAAAACCAUCAAACAUGUCUUCAGCGUGUUGUGGUACUAAGAAGCAGAAGAUGAACAAUUCGUAUAAUGGUAUAGAUCGACCUUUAAAUGGGUACCAAGACUCAGUGGCUAUUCCUGAUAUGUGUUACUUUUGUUUCGAUGUUUUGUAUUGUCAGCUGCAUAGUAUGGACCCUCCACAAACGCCAAAUUUUACCAACGAUUCCUACCCUUUGUUUGUAACCUGGAAGAUCGGGAAGGAGCAUCGGCUGCGAGGCUGCAUUGGGACAUUCAAUGCCAUGCAUUUGCAUUCUGGCCUCCGCGAGUACGCGAUAACCAGCGCCCUUAAGGAUUCCCGCUUCUCGCCCAUCACUCGCGAGGAAGUCCCCCGUCUCACGGUCUCCGUGUCCAUUCUGCAGCACUUUGAGGAGGCCGAGCAUUAUCUGGACUGGAAGCUGGGGAAGCAUGGCAUCAGGAUCGAGUUUAUCAGUGAACGGGGGUCGAAGCGGACCGCUACUUAUUUACCACAAGUUGCUACUGAGCAAGGUUGGGACCAAAUCCAAACAAUCGACUCGUUGCUCCGCAAAGGUGGCUACAAGGCAGCCAUCACCGGUGAGAUGAGACGCAGCAUCAAGCUGACUCGCUACCAAUCCGAGGAGAUCUCUGCCUCCUACAGCGAUUACAUCAGCCAGCGCUGCUAGCACCGACCUCUCCGUCCCCGGGGCCCGGUGACUCACACCUCAUCUCAGUUGCCCCGGAGGCCUAUAUACAGUUCACCACUUUCUAGAGGUUAUGAGAUGGAAAACAGUUUGACUCAUCUAAGUGGUUAUAGUGCUAAGUUAGUAUCUAAGUGUACCCUAGUGGCAUGAUCAGAUUGUGUUCAAAGUGAACGCGCGUCUUAAACAACACUGCCAUCGACAUUCCGAACACUAAAGUUUGAGUAAUGUGUGUGUGAGUUAUUUUAUGCUAAGGCGGCGGUUUGGCGGGAAUGGUUUUAAAUUGGAAUGGAAUUUUAGGUUAUCAAGUACAGUAAAUGCAAAAGGUCAUUGACGGAGCAUGUUGCAAAAAAUACAAUUACCAAAUGACAGAUACGUACAAAUGGUACAAAUAAAGAGAAAAGUUGAAUUAUUGAAAAGGAAAGAGGUCGAUUGUUUGACUUUUUUUAGAUUUUCUGAUAAGAAUAUUAAUAGAAUUUAUUAUAAGAAUUAGGAGCGAAAAACUAAUUUUAUACCAAUUUUAAAGUGCAUCUAACUCUCAUUAUAAUAAAAAAAACGAAGGGGCAUAAUAGUGGUUGAUAUGCAUCAAAUUGUCUCAAAAUAUGGCCCAGGAAGUGGUCUACCCCUUUCCUUUUAAAUAAUUCAACUUUUUUCUUUGUACAAUUUGUACGUAUCUGUUAUUUCGCAAUUGGUCCGCACUUAUAAAAUCAAAAUGACACAAUUUGGUGCAUAUCAAACACACUAUGCCCCUUCGUUUUUUUUAUUUUUAGGCUUCCGUACCCAAAGGGUAAAAACGGGACCCUAUUACUAAGACUCUACUGUCUGUCUGUCUGUCCGUCUGUGUGUCACCAGGCUGUAUAUCAUGAACCGUGAUAGCUAGACAGUUGAAAUUUUCAUAAGAGUUAGAACGCUUAUUUUUCGCGUGGUUCAACUGGUACAGGUUGCGAUUGCGACAAUUUAAUUGUUUGGUAUUCUCAAUAGUAACAUAGAGUAACUUAUACUAGACCGGUAUGUACUGUCAUAGUAAAUUUUGUAACCCCAGUAAAUUCACUGCCAUCUGUCGACACACUUUAAAUCUAAAAAUGAAGAUUUAUAAAAAUACGAUAAAAUGUAUUUAAAUAUGGAUAAAUGUUUUUUUUUUUAUUUGCAUUAAUUAUUUUUAUGAAUUUGACCCAUGUUCUUUCACUGAUAUGCGUUAAAAUUGUUAAAUAACAAACGAAACCGUCAACGCCAUCUAUACGACAGUAGGCCAAAGCUAGUAGCGCCCUCUGAACGAGAAUCAAAUUUUCGUGAUUUUCGAGGCACGUUUUUUCCUUAGACUGUAUCCAUCUAUUACGGAGUUAUAUCUAUCUUUGAUAGUAAUAAUAUCUCAAUGAUGUUAGUAUUAUAAACUUAGAAAACAUUCCCGCCAAAAUCUUAAGCCGCGCCGACACGUUUGGCCACUUUGACCGCAAUAUUGACAGUGUUGACAUCUGUGGUUGCAAUAAAAAAAAAGUUACACGACGACCGCGUUUGUUUCUUUCUGACGCUUGAUUCAUUUCAUGAGUUGAAAAGAGACAAAACUGAACCCGCUUGUUUAAGUAGUUUUAUGUAUUGACAUUAUGAGAAUUAUGAUUGGAUUUUUUUAAAAUCAUGUUUUUAUUCCAAAAUUCGACUUCAGACAAUAAUGUAAGACGACAUAUGUAACUAAUUUGUUACUAUAGUAUUUUUCAAACAGCUUGGGUAUGGUGACAGAUGUCAUCUCAAUACAAUUACCUAUGCGAGAUUUUGCGUUAUAAGGUUAUAAAUUGUAAAGGUCUUUCUUCGCCUUUUACAGUGUAAUAAAGUUUAAAUAAAAAAAAAAUAACCGGCCAAGUGCGAGUCGGACUCGCACACGAAGGGUUCCGUACCAUUACGCAAAAACGGCAAAAAAAUCACGUCUUGUAUGGGAGCCCCAUUUAAAUAUUUAUUUUAUUCUGUUUAGUAUUUGUUGUUAUAGCGGCAACGGAAAUACAUCAUCUGUGAAAAUUUCAGAGAUACAGCCUGGUGACAGACGGACGGACAGCGGAGUUUUAGUAAUAUGGUCCCGUUUUUACCCUUUGGGUACGGAACCCUAAAGGUGUAUGGCGAUGACAUCUAUCACCGUACCCAAGCCGUUUGAAAAAAAACUAUAAAAUGACAGUAAGAUUGCCCCAACUUGUCGGUUUGAUUUGCCAUUUUAGCCCCUUAAAGCCCACCAAACAAAAAAAUUGAAAUUAUAGUGAAAGAAAUAUGGAAACUUAGCGAUUUCACUCACGUAUUUUUAGUCACUCGCGCGACAUGUUUCGGAGAGCCUAUGUCUCCAUAAACCGCUGAGUUAGUUAAGUUAAUAUGUCUCACAAUAGUUUAAAUUCGAUGAAUUUAUUAUAUUUUGAAAUCGAACGAAACAAAAGAAAUCUAAAAUUUGCCACUGAAAUUUGAACCUAUACUGUAGGAAAUAGAGUUGAUUUUGCGUUUUUAGAAAAUUGAACGAAACAAAGCAAAAGCGACCCUGUUCCAAUUGAAUAGGGGUUAAAUCUCAUCGAACUGAAGAGGUACUAUAGGUAAGACCUUGGGCCUUAGGAGGCUAAAGCAGGAUGAUUGGGUAGAGUCCUGCGCAAGUCAUUACUUGUCAUACGUUGAUGUAAUUAUGACGUUUAAGGGUCCCAAGCUCUGUUAUCCAUACAAACGAGAGAGAAAUAUCCAUACAAUCUCAUUUUUAACCGAGUAGCUAGUUUGAUCUGAAACUUAGUGCUUACAGUAGGAUAAGGUAUAUCUAUGUCUGUAAUUAGUUUAUGUAGCUUCAGAUACCAUAGUAAAAAAAAUACAGCGAAUUUAAGUUUUUCAUACAAAACUUGUUUUUGCUCUAUUUCGUUUGUUUUAUAAACUGGAGCUAUAUAAACUAAUUACAGACCUAGAUAUACGUCAUGUCAUUGUAUGUGCAAAGUUUCAUUACAAUCCAACACGUAGUUUUAAAAUGAGAACGAAACUCCGUUUGUAUGGGAUGAUGAAAUUCGGCCGAGCUUGCCGGGGACUCUUAAAUGACAUUUCUGUUUGGGCUAUCAAAACCGCUGCUAACUUAGCUUGGUCUAAUACUAGUAAAUGGGACAACGGAGCUGUUAUUUUAGUAUCUGGGUUAAAAUAAUUGUAAAUGAAAAUCAACAUUUAGUAUUUACAAAUCCCUAUAAAUAUUUUAAUUUUAUGAACUAACAGGUCGAUUUGCCAAACCGUGAUCUGAUGAAUGAUAGAAUAUAAAUAAUAUCUGUGUUUUAUCGAAUUGAUUAUGUAUGGAUAUGAGAUGAUACAGUACCGGCCAAUAAUAUUAUUUAUUUAAAUAUAUUUACACGGCAUCACAGCAUAGGCCAAUACACCGAAUAAUUAAACUACUUACAGGUAUACAAAUUACAAAUAUAUAUAAAGUUAAAUACAUAUAGUCAUAUUAAGUCAAAUGCAAGUGCUGGAAAGCCUAUCAUCCUUCAUCUCAAAACCUCAGACACUCCUAUAUAUCACCUUUGAGUGUUUUUGUAUAUUUGACUAGUCAUUUUAUACAAAUAUAUGAUGAAUAUUGUAAUGAAAUACUGUGAAUUACAAUAGGAUACUCAGCAUGUUACUAAAAAAAAGUAGUAAAAAAAUGAAGUUAACAAUACAUUUAAAAAAAACCUCUAUGUAAAAAUCAUUACAUGAGACCAAUUUUUCUCAUCGCCCGUACAAAAGAAUACUUCUAGAUUACCUAAAGCAUUGAGGUGGAAGUCACUCACAAAUUUAAAAAAAAAAGUUAAGCCGUAAAAACAUGGAGGUGAUAUAUUAUCGGCCGGUACUGUAUAAAAGAAUUACACCUCGAUAAACAAUAUGAAUGAAUCGAUCUGUAGCUUGUGAAUAUAUAAUUUAUUUUGUUAUAUUAAUCAUUAAGGGUUCAUCCGUUAAUUACGUCACACGAAUUUGGAGGUUUUUUUUAUCCCUCCCCUUCCUUGUCACACUUGGUGACAUUUGGCAAACCCCUCCCCCCCUGGUGUGACGUCACAUUUUUGCAAUGAAAUCGGCAAAUCGAAUUAAGUAUUAUUGAUAUUUUAUCAAAAUAUUUUUGAUAAAAGAAAUAUUAGUAAUUUUAUAACCCAAAACAGAUUAGGAAAGAAAAUUAACGAUUAAAAAUGAUUAUCGUUCCAACAACUUGUUAUUUAACUGUACAGCGAAUAAAAUAAUUUUAAUAAGUUAAAAUGACGUCACAAAGUGUGUGACUCCCCCCUCCCCCUUGUCACAACAUGUAGCAUUUUCUUGACCUUCCUAAACGUGUGAUGUAAUGAGGGCUAACGCGUAUGAAUUCGCCGCUAGGGGCGCUAGUGUAGAUGGUGGUCUUUUCCAUACUUCGAAAUGUCACUUGUCACUUCAAUAACUGACAGCUGUUCUUUAGUCUUUUGGACCACCAUCAACAGAGGCGCCAACUGGUGAGCAAAAAAACGAUAGCCCUCAUUAAUGGAUGACCCCUAAGGGUGUCCGCUAUGCGUGGCCGGGUGCAGUUGUUGUGCGGCCGCACUUGGGUGCGGGUGUAGGUAAAAUCCGUCUGGCUAAAAAGAGUAGAAAUUAAAAAGUGGCAACACUGUAGUGUCGUCCCGUUUUCCUUAAAUUGAUUUGAAAGGGACGACGCUACAGUGUUGCCACUUUUUAAUUUCUACUCUUUUUUUGCCAGACUGUAGCAACGCAUCCGCAUCAUUCAUUCAUUCAUGCGGACACCCUAAAGGCCCCAACCAAAUAAAAUUUAAUUCCGCACGUUAAACAUAUCUCUGGCUUCUUAGGUGUAAUGAAAUGAUAUGUUUCUUCUAUAUUUCAAAUGUUAAUACAAAAUUUCACGAACAACGCUUUUGUCAAAAAUCCAGCAUGUUAUAUUCCCUUUUUUUUUCAAAAAAAUAAAAAAUCAGAUACAUACAGGAUGUAACAAAAAUAGUAGGGCAUAUUCGGUAUCGUAUUCUAAUUAGGAAAAAACAGAAGAAAAACAUUUUUUGACGCGAAAAUUUUUUUUUUCUAUGGGCAUUUCGUCCAAGUCGGCCUUUAUACAAAGGCCAAAAAUUUUUCGCGUCAAAAAAAUUGUUUUUCUACUUUUUCAUAAUCAGAACACGAUACCGAAUAUGCCUUUAAACGGAUCCCCACUGUUUUUGUUUAUCCUGUAUACAAUUAUAAUUAUGAAAAGAUUUUUAAAGGUUGAAUCAAAAUUUUAAUUCAAUUAGACGCUUAAAAGAAAAAUAUUUUACCUUAUCAUGUUCAGCUUGCCUAAAAUAAAAAUAAAAUACAAAAACAAAGGUACUUAUUAAAUUAGAUGAUAUCGUUAACUAUAAGGUGAAGUUCUUAUGCUAAAGUCACAAGAAUAUAGGAGUGUACAGGUUUUUAAAGGGUCGGCAACGCGCGUGUAAUAUCUCUGGUGUUGCAGGCGUUCAUAGGCUACGGUAACUGCUUACCAUCAGGCGGGCCGUAUGCUUGAUUGCCACCGACGUGGUAUAAAAAAAAAAAAAUAUUACUAAUAUUAGAUUAUCCUUAUACAGGGUGAUUUUGUUAUCUCUGAUCAAACUGAAGGGGCCCACUGACUGUCCACCGGACGAUAUCGGCCUGUCAGUUGUUCGGAACUGCCAAAUUUUUGUUCUAACUGACAGGCCGAUAUCGUCCGGCGGACUGAUAGUCAGUGGCCCCCUUGAGGGGUGAAUAAGUAGGUCAUACUGAACAACUUUUACUAUGGGGUCAAGCCUGCAAUCCCAAAAAAAAAUCUCGUACAUUUCGGUGAAUCAGAUCAGAGUAUUCAGAAGUCAAUGUUUUUUAUGGAACAGCUAAGUUGAGUUUGGUCAGAGAUAAUAAAAUCAUCCGGUAUAUCAUGCAUUAGUUUUGUAAUGAGAAAAGUAUAAAAAAAGGAAAUAAUUAUGAAAGGAAAAAAAAGUUAUGAUUAUGAUCGAUUUGUUAGGGCGAUCCGCCAGUUAUUUGUAUAUCGAGUUGUUAUUUAAAUGAAUUUAAGUAAGCAUAAGUAUGGUAAAUACACAGGAUGAAUUUUUCAAUGAGUCAAUGAGGGUAGCUAUAGAUUCCGUGCUGCUACGUGAAUACGGUUUUAGGAAAAAAAAACCCGACUGACAAGUUAUAUUCACUGGUUUUGAAAAAGUGAGUCAGCAACGAAAUCGACAGUUUUGUCGUUUUUUUGCACGGAACUUAAUCAAAUAAAAAAGCUAAGUCACUUAAGACCAUUUUCGCGUGGCAGGAAUCUGACCCAUUUAAAAAUCCACCCAGUAUAACGCUUAUAAGAAUAGGCAUAUAAGCGUUAUACUGGGUGGAUUUUUCAAAUUCAAUUGGGUGAAAUUCAAAUUGACAGAAUGACGAAAACCUAGCUAAGUCCUAUGACUUGAUGGUUAUGAUAUUACCUACACAAAAUACUGAAUUGGGACAGAAUUAUACUUGGUUAAAUUUAGGGGAGUGUACAGGUCAAGUGUAAAAAUAUGGGUGUAUAUAACUUACUCAAAAAUAUGUUCCAUAGUUCUUAAUUCGCUGACAUGAGAGCUGUGGGACAUAUCGUCGCUAUACUCGCUCAACGUCAUAUCUGCAACAAUCAUUUGAUGGAAAUGUCGCUUUUCUUUCAUUCGGAAUACGGGUGUUUUUGUCAUCAAAUGAGUAUUGCAGAUACGAGGUUGAGUAAGUAUAGCGGCGAUAUGUUUGAGUAUGAUGUGUGCACCCAUAUUUUUACACUUGACUGUACAUAGGUACAGUCGAGUUCACAAAUAUCACACACACACACCAACCAACGUUCACAAGCCAACGUUCCAAAAAUAUACACGACUUAAUUGUCAGUGUCUUAGCGCCACUUGCACCAUUCCACUAACCCGGGGUUAACCGGUUAAAUCGUUAACCCAGUGUCAAAUUGCACUGGUAACCAUAGUAACUCCAGGUUUAACCGGUUAACCCCGGGUUAGUGAAAGGUGCAAGUGGCCCUUAAAGAAACUAUUAACUAAAUUAACAAUUUAGAAACAAGGAUAGAUAUCCGCGAUUCCGGGCACUCACGGCCUUCCGCUCAGUGAGCUGCUGAGCUGCGUUCGGAGGACCUGAACUCACGGGCCUUAACAGUGUUUCUUUAAUACCAGUCUUUCAGAAAACUCAGUAUUUUAUGUGUAAUGUACAAAGGAGUGUAUAAAAUUGUAUUAAUAUCACAGAUCAAAAUAGCUUCUUUUAAUGGUCGCUAGAAUUUGCUGAACUUAGGUUUCCUUAGCUUAGGGUGGCUUAGGGCAUUUAGCGAUUGUAUGUAAAAGGCCUGACCAGAUCUGAAAAUUGUCUCAGUAUGAAAUCAGUGGAUGUAUUAGGCUCAAUUCUGAAGCCCCAAUUCCCGAAUAGAUUGCUAGAAUGUAGUGAAACAUUAUAUUAAAUGUAAGUAUUGAAUAUGGAGAUAUAAACUCAGUUUCAUCAUAGAGAAAUAAAAGGAAAGAGUGCUAAUAGACUGCGGGCCAGGAGCACAUAUCGUCAGUCAUCGCCUCCCGGCCGAUACUUUGUCAGAUGAUAGUUUAGAUGCUAUCAUGAAUUAAAAAAAUAGUCGGCCGGUUGUAUCGCGGUGGAAAGACAG